CAGAAAUACUCAAACCAGCCUGUCUGGCACCAACAAUCACCCCACGAUCGAAAUCACUGAGAUCACAUUUUUCCUCCAUUCUGAUGGUUGAUGUGAACAUUAACUGAAGCACCUGACCCGUAUCUGCAUGAUUUGAUACUUUACACUGCUGCCACACGAUUGGCUGAUUAGAUCAUCACAUGAAUAUGUAGGUGUACAGGUGUUCCUAAUAAAGUGCUCAGUGAGUGUACGUCAACUUUCUAAAAGUAUGUGGUGUGGAGUGAGGUGUAACAAAUUUCUGCUCUCUAGUUGUAAAAAGGCAGAACAUCUUCAGUAAUGUGGAUCAAGACAUGGUCAUUUGCCAUUUGGUUGCCAGGUUACCUGACUCAUGUUUCACACCUUCCAGUCUCACUGAAUCAGAGUGCAUGACGUCAACACACACACACACACACACACACACACAACCACAUGCACAGUUCACAAUGCCCUUCUGUCUGGAGGACAUAGCUUAGACAUUUAGGUGUUAGCUUGGCAGGCACAUGUGUGCGUUUAUUAUUCUUGCUCUUUACAUUUUUAGUUUUAGGCUGAGGUGGAGUUACUGUCCAUUUUUGAGGAUGAGGUGUGUACGGGCUGUGCUUUGUGGGAUUGUGCUGCUAAUGCAUGUUAUGAUAACCAAUUCACAAACCUCAGAUAAUUCACCUAGUGGGGACUGUUCUCAGUUUGCUUCAUGUGAUAGCUGCAUCAGUGGAGACCCGACCCUCAAUCUCACACGAUGUGUCUGGCAAAGUUGUAAUAAAGGGAAUGACACAAGAUGCAUAUCUGACACUGAAGACUUUGGGGACUGUUCUGUCUUCAAUAAGACUGGCAUGUGCCAAAUUGACAGCAGCACCUCUGAUGAUGGUGGCAAAGGUGAUUUACCUCUUUUUUUUAAUCUAUGGUUUGUCUCAGCUUCUGUUUAUUAGUUUGAUAGCAC